AUGGACUUUCGGCCUGGCUCAAAGUUUACGGAAAAAGUUCCUGAAAUUGUAUGGGGAGAUUUUAUAUCAAAUACGUAUCCCCGAUACAAAUUACCUAACAAAUGGGAAGAGCUAAUUAAUAAUACUUUCAAGCCAAAAAGCUCGUUAGUAGAAUGGAUGAAAUCUUGGCGUAAUCUUCAUGUAAUUUCAGAUGAGAAUGAAAGUGAUGAAGACCUUGUUAUAAAGGAUACAAUAUAUAAUAUUCUUUCACCAUACAUUAGAGCAUUUAAGGCACCGUAUAACAUACUAAAAUCAGGAGAUCUUGAAGAAAAUCAGUACAAUUCUCAGUUUGUAAAUCUGAUACUAAAUAAUACUCUUGAUGCUAUCUGUAAUGUUGACUGGCGAAU